UUGUCAACACUUUUCGAAAAUAUAUUUCAAAAGUAAAACGAAAAUACAGCUGAUGUUGUACGAGGCAAAUCAAAGCCAAUUUUAUUAAAAUAAAUUGCAAGCAGUGUUUCGUGAUCGUAUUUUUAAUAGGCAAGACCACAACACCACUUCAAACGAAACCAACUAACCGGAGAAAUUACCGACAGCAAGCAACCCACGAAUUAACUUCAGAACAUGAGGUUGAAGUAAAACGAUCGAAACCAAGACCGGAGUUCAGUCAUUCUGCCACAAGAGGAAAGGACGAAAUUAUACGGAAAGCAACAGCACUCAAAAUGAAGCAACCAGAGCCGGGACCAGAGACAAGGACACUUUCUGUCAAACUGAUUGACAUAAUGAAAUAUCCGAUUGUGCCAGUCAGUGUGUCUGUACCAACACGAAAGCAAACGCUGGCUACCAACAUAAACAAAGCAACGCUGGCAGCGGCACAACUGAAAAAAGCUGUGAAUGUCCAAAAUGGAAUACCAAUUUUGAUUGAUCUAACCGUUGAUGAAAAUGCAACCCUUAUGACAAAUAAUGGGCAGUCUCGAGGUGUAGCACAAAUUAAAACUAAAGAAAAGGCAGAGCAAUGCAGAGAUGAAGGAACGACUAAAAAACAAACGAAAGCAGCGUCCAAAAAGAAAGCUGUUGUCGAAUCGGAAAGUGAAAUGUCUGAGGAUGCUUCCGGGCAAGAUCCAUGGCAAAGCGAUUCCGGGCAGGAUCCGUGGAAAGCCGUACCAGUUGAAAGCGAUGUGGAGAGUGAAGAGUCUGACCAUGAAUUGGAGUUUUUCCAAUCGGAUCAUGAAUUUUCCCAAGAAUCCGAUGAUGAAACUCAAAUUGUGCCAAUGAAACGAGCUAGAACAGCACAGGACGACAAUCAAAACAAAAUUGAAGGCAAAUGGUGUGCAUGCCAGAAAUGUAAAAUGCGCAAUAACCCCGAAAGUAUUUUACUGUGUGACAGGUGUGAUUUAGGGUACCACAUUCACUGUUUGGUUCCGAUGCUAUUCACUAUUCCCGAAGGCCAUUGGUUUUGUUCCCAAUGUCAGCAGGAAAAGCUCAUUAAAUCAUUGGAAAAUCUGCUCAAAAACUUGGACAAAGGCCUGAUCCGUCAGAAGGCAAAAAAAAAUGCUGAAAUUGCCCGACGAAAGCGAAAGGAAUUCGCCAGCCUUAAUAUGCUACCUGAUGAAGGUGAGACAGUGCGUAAAAAAUCAAAACGAAGAAACGUUGCUGGAGAUAGAUCGAAUGGAUCGUCACCUUCGUCUAGUGGAUCGAGCAGUAACAGUUGCUCCGAGAACAAUAAACCAGUUUAUAAACUUCGAGAACGCGGUCAGACUAAAGUCAACUAUCGCUUUGCAGAUUACGAUGAUUUAAUAAAAUCAUCAACAAGCGAUGCAAAAGGGUCCGAUACGAAUUCCGAGACAGAAGAUGAUGGAUCGGAUGAUAGUUUCCGAGGAUGAACAAGAUGACAAUUUUUCCGCAGGAAGCGGAAACGAUUCAGAUAGUUAAUUGAGGAUAAUUGGUAAAAUCCCAAAGAAAUGUUUCAAAUAAAAGAAAUAAAUUUUGAA